AUGUCGGUGCUGAAUGAUCCAGAGUAUGUAAAAAAAGCUUCAUAUUUUCAUAGUUACAUGAUCACUUCUUCAGUUGUAUUAACACAAUAUGCGAUUCGAAUUACCUUAAGCUAUAUUAUUCACCAACUACGUAUAGGUUAUCUUCGUCGUGUAGGGGAUCGAAUCGGAGAACGCAUAAUUAGUUUCAAUCCAAGUGUCCUUACAAAUGACUACAUUAAGACUGCUGCAUCUUCAUAUCCGGAGAUGAUAACUUGUCAUUCACCGAGCAUUUGCAUGCCGGGAAACGAUUAUUUCAGCAGUAAAAGUGUAAUAAGUAGUGCUGCUGGCUCACCUAUAUCAGGUAACGGGCGGUUAAAAACUCCUUCAAACAGAAGCAGGGAUGCAAUGUCCCAUGGUGGUAAAGAAGAGUCAAGUAUAAAUAAUACAGAAACUUGCGAUAGCGACGAUGAUAUCGAAUUCGAUGGUGAUGAAAAUGUAAAACAACCGCAACCUUUAUUUGCCAAACGUCAUUUACCAAAGCAAACCGUGCCUCCACCGCCUGUAUUUGUAACAUCUCCUUCAAAACCACCCACACGUCGGAAUCUGAUUCAUUCUUAUUCCUCGGGAGGUGCAUUAAAAACAUCUCCAGAUAGUCUUCUUGAAGGAAUAUCGUCAACUGAACAAACGCCACAACUAUCACCAACUACUUCAGCGGAAAGUGAUAGAGUAUUGAAUGAGAGAAGAGAUUCAGAUACGUCUUUGUUGGCAACAGCAACAGGUUUGAUAGAAAUAUCGUCGAGUCCACCAUCACGACCAGCAUUACCAGUUCUAGAAGAAAAUAACCUUUUUCCUGAACCACCAAAGACUGAUCCAAAACCCAAGCCUUUUUCAGCGUUGACUGCAUUAAUUGCAGAGAAAAAGAGUAAAUUGGACAAUCCAUUUGCUGAAUACUAUAGCUUCUUUGCUGGAAAAGGGGAUCUAAACCCAAUAAUGUUGAAGAUUUACCUUCCGUUUAGCAAAGAUGCUUCACGACCACUAGCUAUAAUUGUAAAAAGAGAUGCCAAUGUUGAAGAAGUUAUAGGAUAUACACUAUAUCAGUACUGGGAUGAGAAAAGGGAACCUUUAUUAGAGAAAAGGUUAUGUAAUGUUUUUCAAUGGAAUAUGAGAAUUGUGGAAGAUGAUGGUGAAAUUGACGAAGAUUUUCCCGUCAAACAAAACGAGGUGGCUUCAGCAAAAUUAAGAACUCCUACCUUUAAAGAAACAGCGGCGACACCCAUCAAGACAAAUGGAACCACCGAAACAGAGUCCGGAAACAGCAUUAUGAGUACUAACACGCCCAAUGGAGCAUCUACGAUUGAUCUUACCAAUCAAAUAUUUCUGCGUAUUCGACUUACUCUUAAUCCAUUCGAAGAGGUUGCACAUACGACCACAGUAAAUGCUCAGGCUGACAUGCCUUUCCAGAACGUUUUAGAAACUGUUUGUCGUAAACGCAAAUUGGAUAGCAACAAAUAUACUCUCAAAAUUGCUGAUACAGACAAAUAUAUAAAUAUGGAAAAGACUGUGGAAAGUGUUGGAAAUGCUAAAGAACUUGCGCUAAUAGAGAAACCCGCUAAUGGAACGUCAAUUGUUUCUGAUGUACCUCCAUCAAGUCCAACAACUAUUAAAGAUCGAAGUCUUGUCAGAAGAAGAACACUUAACGAACCGCCUCAGCCGCAAUAUGUAUCUUCCAAUGAAUAUAUGUCAGUGUACAAGAAAUACACUGUCAAUCGUAAAUUACCAAUGUUCGUUGGACGUCACGAGCGUGUAUUAGCGAUUGAUGGCGAUUACAUUCAUAUCAUGCCAUCAGAAACAAGAACAAUGUUUGAAUCAAUGAAAACG